AUGAGUGACACAGAUAAUAGGUGUAAUGGGAAUUCUAAGAAUAAAUGCUUCACUGAAGUGGGUCACGAAAAAUGUGCCUUGUUAAUACUUGACAAGAUACAAGAUGAGAGCCUUAUUAAUGCAAAAAAUAAUGCACUGCAGACACCCCUCCAUGUUGCUGCACGCAAUGGCUUGAAGGUAGUAGUUGAGGAGUUGCUGGCCAAAGGGGCCUGUGUCCUCGCUGUCGAUGAAAAUGGUCAUACCCCGGCCCUGGCUUGCGCUCCUAACAAAGACGUGGCUGACUGCCUGGCCCUCAUUUUGGCUACCAUGAUGCCUUUUUCUCCUUCCGGUACAAUGACGGCUGUCAACUUCGUUUGUUUUAAAAAAGACAAUUUGAGCAGGACAACCCUCUCCAAUCUGGGUAGCAUGGUUAGCCUGUGCAGUAACAACGUAGGCUCGGAGGAUGGGUACAAUGAAAACGAUUCUGAUUCGGAAACAUUUUGACUUUGGACUGUAGAAGCUUUUCCUUGAUCACCUGUGUUGGAGGAAGGGAAGGAAGCUUGAAUUCCAGGUUUAUGUUGUGUUCAAGUAUCAUUUGGGGCUCAGGCUUCCAGAAGCCAGUAGAGAAGGAAUUAAUCGAACCAAGGGAGGGCAGAGAGGCUGUUGGGUGAAACACUCACACAGAUGGGCCCUGAUUUUGUUUUGGUUCAUGUUUUCCUUAGAUCUAAGGUACUUCUGUGAAAGUCUACCUCUCAUUUUAAGUAAGGAAUAAAAAAUGUAUUUAAUUCCUUUUCUUUGGGGAUAAUGCAACCAAGAGGCAACUGCUUGCUAUAAAGAAUCUUUCUUCAUGCACUCAGCAGUGAGUUCUCAGAAGUAUAUCAAUGUGGCAUUCAGAUCCCCUGGGAGGGGAGGGACGAGGUAGAUAGGAAACACCUCGAACCUCUUCUCACUUUGAUGUUUACGUCCUCACCAGAAGCCAAAGGUAAAGGUGUUCAUCUUCAGAAAUAAUGCCUGUAAUAAUCUUCGUAGGGGAGUCCAGCUAUUCAUAUCCUGUCUAUAGCAAGCACUUAAAUAUCCAGAACUUCUUUCUGAGGAUCUUUGUUAAAGUUGCCAGAUGAAUUGAAAAACUGAACUUUUUUUCAUUUAACACAAAUAUAGCACCCAGUGUUCCCCACAACAAGCUUGUAACUAAUUUUCACCCAAGUGAUUGAACCAAAAUCUGUCUAAUAACAUUUCAGGUGAAAAUUAUAUUGUACCGAAACUUUGAGAUAAUAUGCAUAUUUAACAUUAAACUGCCCCUUGUUAAUUCUUUCUUAAAUCAAAAUACUAUUUUAAAACCAGAAUCAUCAGCAUUGUUCAUCAAUAGUAAAAUGUUAAUGAGCUGCUUAGUCAAGGUCAUGCCAAGUGAGUGAAAGUGUGACUGCAAAAGGAAGCAAAGAAAGUAAAAGCAGAAAGUAGAAACGGGUGAUAGAGAAAUUAAAGCCAAUUGCCAGUUGUUUGAUGAUGAAUCAACAUAGUGAAUGCUGUGUCUACUCCCUCUGCCAAAGCUUCUAGGUCAAAUGGACCCCGUUCCGCACCUGGAACAGCUGUACAAAAAGAAGAAUGAGACUCUUUAAAAAUUGUGCACAUAUACACACAUGUGUGCGCAUAUGUAUAUAUAUAUGUAUGUAUGUAGUUCAUCAACCAGCUAUCCAUGAGGACCAAAAUGCUUCAGUCUAAAAUGGAAGAUUUAAAUUUUUUUUCCUUCAAAAUGCAAAUGAGAACUGAAGUAGCUUUUCUAUGGAGUUAAAAUGUAGUCUUUUGGCGUACCAGUCUUUGUUGUAUUUUAUAUUUCUUAUGACACAGAUUUCUAGUUGACAGCUUAACAUUUGUAACUGAUAAUGUGUCGACCAUGGUUUAUUUUUUGCCAGACUACAGAAAAUGUCCAUGUACUUUUGAUGUAAAUGUGUUUAUAUUUAUUUGAAAUGAAACAAAUACCAAGGAAACAUCCAUUGUUUAAUUGCUAUGUAUCUUAUUUGGAAUAACAGAGAAGUGGAAAACACACUUGACCCUGGGCUAGCCAACAGCCCUGGGGCCAGACCCAGCAUUUCCCCUGCUAAGGUUUCCAGUGGACCCUCAGGUUCUUCCGUGUUGGUUAGAGACGGGUACGACAUUCAUCACUCAACCCCAGUCUGUAGCCAGCUUAGAGCUUAGAAGACAUUGCAGUCUGCAUGCUCGUCCGCGAGAUGAAGACUGAAGUGUGUAGUGGAUCAUUUACAUAAAGGUGGCCCAAAGAAGAUCCAGAAAUUACCCUAAAUACACUGAAAAUCUCACCUGGUCCCAGUAACCUAAUGGGAAAUGAUGUCAUUGUGUGGGCACAUGUGCCAAGAGAGAAAUAAAAAUCACCAGCUCAAGUGCUAUUUUCCACUUGAGGAAGAGACAGGAAAGAAAUAUGUUGAAUUAGGACGGUCCUCUCCCACAUUUUAUAAUGGGUUUCAUUUUCAUCCUGGAAAUUUCUAUUCAUAGUGUAUGUGAGAGAUUUUUAAAACAGUGUUCUAUCAUAUCUGGAUCAAAUACAGAUACUGUAUUAUAUUUUUCAUCUAGCUGUAAAAAACUUUAAUCUCUUUUAAUAUCCUGGAUUUAAUUAAAACUCAUGUUGGAUUCUUCACAAAUGAGAACUUGUUCAAAGGACUUAAGAACUGAUAUUAAUUUCAUUGUCAAUUUUCAACAUGACCACCAUUUUUUAAAAAAAAUCUUGGUGUUGUGUUUCCCUCCUUCUCUGUCCUUUUUGUUUAUUUAGAGAAGAUGAAUUUUUAAAAAGUAGAUAAAGUGCUAAUGAGCAAUAAUGACCUUAUCUUUACCAAAACACUGAAAAUAAGGGAGAUCCAAUGUUGAAGAAGCACAAUAUACUGCGGUGUCUUUUUCUAGAAGUCAAUGGAAAUCUUGCUCAGUUGGCAUUUAAAGCAGAAAAUAACAAUGCCUGUAUCAAUGGGGAAGCGGCGUUAACAUGUUUCCUGUAGAGUAGCAGAGAGUACAAGGAUCCUUUCAGCAAAGCUGCGACCAGCCAUGAGACAGUAUCUUCUCCAUGGAGCUGCACUUUUCUCCACUCUCUUACCGGUAAGAGGAGGACAAAGGAACAAAGUGAAAUCAUGCUUACAAUGAAUCACUCAAUAUAUCUCUCUACCCCUCUCUCUCUAUUUCUCCCUUCCCCCAAGACCAAAUUUUUUUCUUUAAGCAAUGACUUUCAAAGCUAUAAUUUCUGUGUUUUGAUUACAUCUCCUAGAAAUACAAUUAUGUUUGUAACAUAGCCUUCUAAGAAAAAAAAACAAACAGAAAAAUGUUGUGUUUUUUCAUUGUGUCUUAGUUGCUUAGUGCUUUUACCUAGAUGUGUUAUUUUUAGACUGUAUUUUAACCACAACCACAGGGAUCAUGUUUCAUUGCACUUACCUAUUCACCAGUGUCUAUCUUUGGUAAAUACAUUACUAUCUCCAAAUUGCCUAAAAUCUGCUAUGAUUCUACAGUAAAUAGCUCAGGGGAUUUCUAUUUAUCACUACUAAAAGGGCACCAUAGUAUGUUUUGGUACUUUAGGCAGUAAACACUGCUUCAUUUAUUAUUUUAUUAUUAAAUUAGAACAAGAACAUCAAAUGAAUUUGCUGCACUAGUUAUUCUUUGUACUGUUGAGCAACUUGGUGUGCUUAUCUGUUGCGUUAGUUGAAGAACUCAUCCCUUUUUUGUCUUGUAAUAUGAAGUUAGAGUGCCUUUUUAUAUUUGUAUAUUCUGAAAAUGUUCUGUGAAAUGUUUUGUAUUUUUUUCAUUUGAGUGUUAUCAGAGCAAUAUGAUACCAGUGAGUUUUCAUUUCAGCCUUUCUUUGAAUGUGUAAAGUGUCUUUUUUCCUAUUUCCCCUUUUACUUGCAUUGAAAUGAAUAUGAAAAUGCUGAAGUUUUCUAUAGGGAUUAUGUUGGAUUUUGCAGUGCUGAAAUGCUUUCUUCUUACAAAACUGUAAACCAUAGGUCAGUAUUAUAGGGGAAAAGCGUUUUAAGAUAGUGACAAUCUGAGUGUUUGUAUCAAAUGUAAUUCUAUGCGUUUCUUAUGCAGUGAUCUAAAAGUUCAAUGCAAAUAUCUUUUGUUUGGUAGUUUUGUCUACAUAUUUUAUGCUUUAGCAUGUGCAAUAUAUAUUUGCAAAGCACGAUGAUACAAAUCUGGUGCCAGUGUUAUAUUUUGCAUAACAUAUUUGUAACAGCAUAAAAUAUUGUUUGAUGAUUUCAGUGGGAUUUGUCUAUAAUGUUUUCUAUGUAAAUUGGAGUUGAAUGACUCUGGUAAAUGUCAUGAUGGUAAAAAUGAGGAAAAUGACUUUUAGUUCAGUGAAUGACUUUGAACCUAUCUGAAUCUUCUCAAGCACAGUUUAAUACUUUUGCAACUACUGAAUGCUCUAAUAAUGUAAUGAAGUACUUAACUGAAAUAUACUAUGGAAAUGCAUUCAGAUGGUUAUUUUUACAAAUAAAAACGGUACAAAU